UUCCCAUCCAAAACCGGCUAGGAUGGCGCUUGACGUUCGGAAGAACAAGGAUUCUCUCCUUGCAGCUUACAAUGCUGUCUCUAAGCAUGAUUCGAAUACUGACUGGGCUCUAUUUGGAUAUGAAGGACACACCAAUACACUGAAGAGUGUGGCAACUGGCGAUGGUGGUAUUGAAGAGAUGGUGGAUGAUCUAAACAGUGGCAGUAUCAUGUACGCCUAUUGUAAGGUUCUGGACCCCAAUACAAAGCUGCCAAAGUUUGUCCUAAUUAACUGGCAAGGUGAGGGAUCACCUGAAACCUUCAAGUUCAAAUGUGCCAGUCAUCUGAGAGAUGUUCAGAAUUUCUUUAAGGGAAUACAUGUGACGAUUAAUGCCAGGACAGAAGAUGAUGUGGAUGUGGAUGACAUACUGAAGCAAGUGGCAAAGUCUUCAGGCAGUAAUUAUAGUAUUCACAAAGAGAAAGCCAGGCCUGCUCCUGCCCCAGCCCCUGUGGUUAGGUCUGUCUACAAGAAAACAGCAGCUCAGAGAGAGAUUGAUUCCAAGUCUCGUGAUAAUUUCUGGGCACAGACAGAGGCAGAGGAGAAGAGACGUCAGGAGGAAGAGAGAAAGAGGCAGAAGGAGGAACAGGCCAAGCUGGACAAAGAGAGGAAGGAACGAGAGCUGAAGGAGACAAAGGAAAGAGACAGGCGAAUGAGUGAGAAACUGAAGAAUGUUCAAGAACAGAAAGCAGCAGAACGAAAAGCAGAUGCAAAAGACAGGACUGCUGACAAACAAAAAUGGGAGCGUGAACAAGCAGAUACAUACAAAGAUGACGAGGAAAGAAGACAUCGAGCAGACUCUGCGAGAAAAGAGAGAAUUGCUGAAGCGAGUAACCUGACUGCUAAAGCUGGUAGUGCCAGAGCGUUUUUUGAGCAGCAGUCAAAGGGAGCUGCUGUUGGGGAGAAGCGGGCACCACCACCACCCAGAAAACUACGUCACAGCUUUGGGCGUGAUACCUCAACAGAACAAAAUGAGCCAACCAGAAAAGCUCCGAUAAAGCUACCAACAGCAGAGCCAGAGACAGACGCUCCUGUGAAGCGCUACCAGCCUCCGCCACGGGAACCCUCGCCGGAACUUGUGCGAGAACCUUCACCUGUGCCUCAGAAAGAACCAUCCCCGGAACCCUGGGAAGACGAACCCUCACCAGAACCCCAGAGAGAACCCUCACCGGAACCCCAGAGGGAGCCUUCACCGGAACCCCAAAGGGAGCCUUCUCCUGAACCUGAAUCGUAUAACACCCCAGCUAGCCCCAUCAGCCCUGCCCCACCACAGAGCAACAGUCUGAUGAAGCAGAGUAUGCCACGCCGGCCACCAUCCGACUCAGAGGAAGAGGAGGAUCAGAAAUGGGAUGACUCAGACCCCGAGCAGCCCAGCAUCCCUCAAAUUGUCUCUCCUCAAGUCCCUGAGAGUGACACCCCUGGGGACUCUCCAGACUACGAAAGCCCUCCAGAGGUGCCCCCAGAAGAUGCAGGUGGGGCGGCUGGGGGACCACGUGCUCGGGCACUGUACGACUACCAAGCCACUGAUGCAGACGAGAUAUCAUUUGACCCUGAUGAGAUCAUCACAGACAUUGAUCAGAUAGAUUCUGGUUGGUGGGUGGGGACAGGGCCUGACGGACAGCGGGGAAUGUUCCCAGCCAACUACGUUGAACUUAUCUAAAUUCCAAAGUCAUGUGAUAUUAACUUGUAUGUUUGUGUGGGAGUUGGGCCAAGCCUCAUUAACAAUCAUGUGCAAGCCUUUCCACUAUUGACCAAAUAUGUAAAAUAUACUUAUUUUAUAAUAGAACUACAUAAUGAAGUUUUGUAUAUCAGAUGGAGGCAAGAUUAAUAUGUUUUAUGGAUAAAUAUGUACUUGUAUACAAUUUCAGUGCUUACUUGCUUUUUGUUUUGCCAAUAUUUCUGUUUCACCAUAACAUGAUCUUAUAUGUUACGUCUCAUUUCUAUCACAAGGAAAAUAAGUGCUGUAUGACUACAGCCAUGUAUUGAUUAACAGAUCACUUUUGAUUUUAGCCUUCCACACCAUUCACUUUUACAAACCACAUACAUGUUAGCUUUUAUAGUUAUGCGAUACCCUUUUUGAUCCUUUGUAGGAAGGAAAGUUUCCAGUAUUUUUGUCUCAAGGAAGUGCCUGUUAUGUUAUGUUCUCAUUAAGAUCUUGCCUUGGUUAAAGACCAGUUACAUUAGUUUUUUUCAAAUCUGCUUAUUGAAGUAUAUGUUUUUGAGUGACAGUAAUAAUGGAAGCACAUUUCUGUAACGUAGAUAACAUUUUUUGCCAGGUUUUAUUUAAACAACUCUUCCCUUGAUUUUUUUAGUUUUUGCUGAUAUUGCAAAAAGUAUUUUUUAGCUGUUGCAAGCAACUCCAUAAUGUAGUCAUCCUGUUGGUUGGUCAGUUUGUCAAGAUCAUCUCAUUUAACAACGGGCCUGAUUGCAAGACACUGGCACAUUGCAGCUGCUGUGAAUUUGUGCUUGUUUAUUGUAAAACCUUCAUAUAUGUACUUGUUUACAAUAAAGUUGUAUGGCCUGUGUAUUUGUGCUUAGGGGGGGCCUCCGUGGCUAAGUUGGUUAGCAUGCUAGCGCAGCGUAAUGACCCAGGAGUCUCUCACCAAUGUGGUCGCUGUGAGUUCAAGUCCAGCUCAUGCUGGCUUCCUCUCCGGCCGUACGUGGGGAGGUCUAACAGCAACCUGCGGAUGGUCGUGGGUUUCCCCCGGGCUCUGCCCCGUUUCCACCCACCAUAAUGCUGGCCGCCGUCGUAUAAGUGAAAUAUUCUUGAGUACGGCAUAAAACACCAAUCAAAUAAAUAAAAUAAAAAAAUAUUUGUGCUUAAUUGGCCAGGUGCAAGUUUGCAUGUUAAAUAUGCAAAAUGUCAGUUGUAAUGUAGGCUUACCCUCCCCAUCUUCACAUGAACAUAUAGAUUUAGUGUAGUUUGUAUACUCCUAGCAAUUCUUGUUUUUGACAGUUGGAAUAAUUUGACCACUUCAGAAUAUGUAUUGCAGGGAAAACUGUAACUGUUUGGCCUUUGAGAAAAUGCAAUGCAAAAAAAAAAGAUAGUAGGAUCAGAAACAAAUAACACUAUAAUGAGCAGGGCGUUCUGAAUGCAUCCCUGAAAAAAAGUAAAUCACUACAUGUAUGCUGAAAUCUGGUACAGGUGGUUCAUUAGUCUUGAAGCACCUAUGGUAGAUUGCGUGGCUGGGUUCAGCAUACCCUACACAUACAUGUACUAGGCACUCUGUUAUGCUAACGGGUUGUACACCUGGUUAAGGUUGUAAUACUUGUAUACCAUAACAUCUCAGCAGUAUAGAUUAUAAUAAAUACAUAUUUAAAAUAAGCUAUAUGUGGAGCAAAUAAAAUUCAUACCAAUUUGUA